GUGCCUGUUUAAAACACCGCAGAUACGUCAAAAAUAUCUGGAAUGAGAACAAAGCGGAUCCUCUUCCUGUUUGAGCUCUGAUUGAUUAAUUUAAUGGAUCAACUCUGACUGGAAUCCAGCUCGGACAUUAUGAACGAUUCUGUCCAACGGUGUGUGUGUUUGGAGGAGAAAGUGCAGAAGAAACGCCUCAUCAGCCGCAGGACGUCGAUCUGAAGCAAAGCGCUGUGCUACCUGCAGAGGACCAGCAGCUGUUGGUGAUUAAAGAAGUUCAGCAGGACCCAGAGCCUCUAGACAUGAAGGAGGAACAGCUUCAUCAGAGCCAAAGUGAAGACAACAGAGAGGAAACGAACAGCACAGCUAAACAAAUGACAACAGAAAGUGAUGGAAAGGACUUCGAAGGACCAGAAGCAGAUGAAAAACCUGGUCCAAAUAGUAAUUUACAACCAAAUAGUGAUGGAGAGACUUCAGAAUGUACAAAGACAGAAGUCAGUAUUGAUGAGGAUGAGGAGGAGCUGGAGGACGACGAAUGCCAGGAACCUUUGACAGAUUCUGAAUCUGAAACUAAAGACAGGGAUAAUGAUCACUUGACAUCUGAGUCAGCUGUAAAAACCCUAAAAGAGUCACAUCAGAGACACAUGAGAAGUCAUUCAAGGAAAGUGUCCUCUAACUGUUUGGUUAAUAAUAACUGCGUCAGAGCGAAGGAAAAUUCAGAUUCACAGAAAAGAGUCAACACUGGAGAAAAACUAUUUAGCUGUCUUGUUUGCAGUAAAAGAUUUAAACAAAAACAAAAUCUGAAGACACACAUGCGAGUCCAUACUGGAGAGAAACCAUUUCACUGUGACGUUUGUGGCAGAAGAUUUAGACACAAUGAUACUUUUAAGGCACACGUGAGAAUCCACACAGGGGAGAAACCAUUUGUUUGUGGUGAUUGUGGUGAAAGGUUUACGCAACAGCAAAAUCUGAAAAGACACACGAGGGUUCACACAGGAGAGAAACCAUUUGGUUGUGGUGUUUGUGGUAAAAGAUUUACACAACAGGGGGUUCUGAAAAGACAUAUGAGAGUCCAUAGAGGAGAGAAACCAUUCAGCUGUGAUCCUUGUGGUAAAAGAUUUACCGUCAAAACAUAUUUUAAGAAACACAUGAGAAUUCACACUGGUAUCAAAAUAUUUGGUUGUGACAUUUGUGGUAAAAGAUUUAACCAGAAGGCACAUGUUAAAACACACGUGAGAGUCCACACAGAAGAGAGACCUUUUAGUUGUGAUGUUUGUGAGAAAAAAUUUAAUCGAAAGACAAAUCUCAAAACACACAUGAGAGUCCACACAGGAGAAAGACCAUAUGUUUGUGAGGUGUGUGGGAAAAAAUUUGUGUAUCAACAUGAUCUCAAGAUACACGUCACAGUUCACACUGGAGAGAAACAGUUCAGCUGUGGUGUUUGUGAGACAAGAUUUACUCAGCAGGGAAGUCUGAAGAGACACAUGAGAAUCCACACAGGAGAGAAACCAUUUGUUUGCAGUGUUUGUGGUAAAACAUUUACACAACAAGGAAGUUUAAACAGACACUCGAAAACUCACACAGGCUAGUAGCUGUACAUUUUCAGGAUUUGUUUUUUCAUAUAUAUAUA